AUGGUGAAGAAAUCACUGGCUGUGACAAACGAAAAGGUGAGCAAGUAUAUACCCGAAGAAAUUUCCUUCUCAAUUCUAUCAAAGUUGCCCGUUAAAUCUUUGAAGCGAUUUCAAUGUGUUCGAAAAUCAUGGUCUCUUUUAUUUGAAAAUCAUUACUUCAUGAACAUGCUCCGUAAUAAUUUCUUAUCUUAUUCCGACCCAGCAUCUCUCAUGGUAAGGGUUGCUGAAAACAAAAAACAAGUUUUCUAUCACUUUUAUGGUGAAAAGUACGAGAAUAAGGUUAAAUUAGAUUGGUUAAAUUCAUCUGAAGAAGUCGAUAAUUGUAGUUCUAUGUUUGGUUUUGGGAGUGUUAAUGGCACACUUUGUCUCAAGGGAUAUGUUAAUUUUGGCCAAAUUGUAUUGUGGAACCCAACUACCCAAACAAUCAAGGUCCUUCCUCCCAGUGAGGCUGAAUUGUCUAUCCCUGAUAAUGCUGGAGAUUAUGCUGAUGUUUGUGUUUUGUCUUAUCUUCAUGGAUUUGGUUAUGACCAUGUUAGAAAUGACUAUAAGGUCAUUCGGUAUGUGGAUGACCUCGAAGAAAUUAUGUCUUUAGGCGGGAUGACAGACACAAAGUUUGGUAACUCAUGGGAGAUAUAUAGCCUAAGAAGUAAAUCGUGGAGGAAACUUGAUGUGGACAUGCCGAAUUCAUUUCUAUCUUACGGCACCAAAGCCUACAUGGAUGGAGUGUGUCAUUGGGUGUGUAAAACUGAUAGCACGGUUGAAUCAUGUUUGGUAUCAUUUUACUUGAGCAAUGAGACGUUCUUCAUAACACCCUUACCCUCAGACAUAGAUUAUGGUUUUGAUGUUAAAGAACCAUGGAUAAAAUUAGCGGUGUUAAAUGGGUCCAUUGCAUUGAUCUCAUAUUAUAAAGAGACGACUACUUUUCACAUAACAAUUUUGGGUGAAUUUGGUACAAAGGAAUUGUGGACUAAACUCUUAAUUGUUGGACCAUUGUCUUGUGUUGAGCGUCCUAUUGAUGGAGUGGGGAGAAAGGGAGAAAUAUUCUUCAUAAGAAAAGAUAAUGAACUAGUUUGGCUUGAUUUAAGUACCCAAAUGAUUGCGGAGCUUGGUUACAAAGUAAUGAAUCCUCACAUUAGGAUACUAACAUACAAGGAUGGCAUUCUUCCAAUUUAA